GCAUCCAGCCCCCUGUGCACAUCACCUGCAAAUUGAGGUUAAAAAAAGUUUCUGUAACAUCAUUGGAGCCAGUUUUCAUUCAAUCAAUGCACAACUAAUGAAAAUGACGGGAAAAAAAAUCCCCACCAAAUUUCAUGUUGAUGGGUGCAACUGGUGUUGGCCUGCCCCCCCCCCCCCUCAAUUUCAAAGCACCUUUUUCUUCUACUUGUUCCAAAAAAUGACUAUUUCAGACCAAAACAUUGCUGAAGCCCAGAAAAAAAAAACGGAAGAAUCAUCUUAAACGGCACCUCCGUCCCUCCUUCCUCGGGGCUCGAAUAAUGCGCGACGUGUUCCUCCCGUCUGCCAGCGCACGUUUGGGGCCCGGCGGGCGGCGGUGGUGGGGGGGGGGGGGGGGGUCGCUCCUGCCACACUGGGCCCCGCCGUGGCCCCUGCAUUGAUGCGCUGCAGCUGUUUCCAAAUCCGAGCCUUGAUUUUGAUCCUCUUCCUCUUUUCCCCACGGACGCUAAUGACCCGGUGGCUCAUUGUGGCCGGCCAAUAACGUUCUUGUUCCAGGCUCAUUCCCAGAGCCUCAAUGAGUGCGGCCUCUUUUGUUGCUCGAUAUAAUUAAUUCAUUGUUUGCUUAUCUGCGACAUCGUCUCGUGGCUAAUAGGACUAAUAGUGUUAAAAAGAAAGAAAUUGACAAGUUAGGAGGAUUAAAAAAAAAAAAAAAAAAGAGCCUUAUUUUUCUGGCUGCAGUCCUUUAUGCCUAAAAGCUCCAUUAUGAAAUCUUUUAAAAUUCAAAAUUCAGCGAUAUUAAAGGUGUUGGGGAAUUUUUGAUUUGCAAAAUAUUACUACAUUGUUAAUAUAUAUGUAUAUUAUUACUACUUGCAGACGGGUUGCGUCAGGAAGGGCACCUGGCGUAAAACUGUGCCAGACAAAUACGCGUUCAUCUAAGAUGACACGCUAACGGGACAAGCCGAAAGGAAAAGAAGACUAUGAUUAAACUCAGUUUGCCCAUUUUCUGUACUGCUUAUCCUCACUCAGGUCACUUGGGGGUGAUGGAGCCUAUCCCCGCUAUCUCGGGGUCAGGGGGCGGGGCGCACCCUGCACAGGUCGCCGGCCGGUAGAUACUUUUUCACGUGACGUCAUGAGUCACAUGACUUUUGUUUACGACGCCAUACUGGAUGGCAAAACUACAAUCCAACUCGCAUUUUUUUAGUGAUCUUUUUGUGAAUGUCGGCUUGCUUAUAAGCGUGUUACAACCUUUUCAUCGUGGUAUUUUAUUGUGUGGCUUACGGUUGUAAGAAGGGACAGAAAAAGUGGGUCCGACACUUCAGGCGUUGUUUACCUUUGGGUGGCUUUGCUAGCACUUGCAGUGAAAUCUUGCUUUCCAGGUUUGCGGUGGAUAACGUGAACCUCGUGGCUGUCGCUAGCCAUAGCUUUUAGCUGGACUUUUGCUAACUCGCGGGAGCGGGCUAUGCCGAUUGCUGCUUUUUCAAACGUGCCGAGUUAACUUUUCACGCACACUCGCUGAGUUGCACAAUGCUCUCGCGUUUCACAUGUGGCUUCUUUGUUUCUUCUUUCUUUCUUUAUUCCUUGCGCCUCAAUCACUCCUGGUUACAGUCUUGGUUUGUCAAAGGACUUUCAAGAUAAAAGAUCAAACGAUAACCGUAGCUAAAACAUUACAGUAGACACUUAUCGCUUCCUAGCCGUGAAAUGUAGACGCGACCUUGCCGUCCAAAAUAGCCUUGUAAACAAAAAAAAAACACGUGCUCGGCGUGACGUCGAUGAAAAGUAUCAAUCGCGGGGCACAUCAAGGGGGCCACAUCGGGAGUAAAAUGGAAUAGUCCAUUGCGUGAGAAGGCGGGGACCGCCACUCGACUCAAUUAAUGUUCACUUCUCAGGUCCAGAAAGUGACAAAAUGGGCUCCGUGCUGCCCGCCGAAGCUUUGGCCCUCAAGUCUGGAUUUAAGUGCCCGGCCCGAGCGGCGCUGUCGGACGUGAUCACGUCGGACGUCCUGCACAGCUUCCUGUACGGCCGCUGGAGGAACGUCCUGCAGGGGGGCGAGCACCUGCAGGCCUCCGACGGCUGCACCAGGACCGCCUUCACCGCCGAGGUGCUGGCCCAGUCCUUCGCCGGAGAGGUGCAGAAGUUGUCCAGCCUGGUCCUCCCCAGCGAGGUCAUCAUCGCCCAGAGCUCCAUCCCGGGAGAAGGUCUGGGAAUCUUCUCCAAGACCUGGAUCAAGGCCGGUACCGAGAUGGGCCCCUUCACGGGCAAAGUCCUGUCCCCGGAGCACGUGGACCUGCUCAAGAACAACAACCUGAUGUGGGAGGUGUUUAACGAGGACGGCACCGUCAGGUACUUCAUCGACGCCAGCCAGGAGGACCAACGCAGCUGGAUGACUUACAUCAAGUGCGCCCGCAACGAGCAGGAACAGAACCUGGAAGUGGUCCAGAUCGGCAGCAGCAUCUACUACAAGGCCGUGGAGACUAUCCCCCCAGACCAGGAGCUGCUGGUGUGGUAUGGAAACACUCACAACACGUUCCUGGGCAUCCCCGGAGUGCCGGGAACCGACGAAGAGCAGCAGCAGCAGCAGCAGCAGCAGCAGAAGAAGAACAGAAAUGACGACUCACAGUCUUGCGAUUCGUCGUGCUCGCCGCCGUCCUCGUCGUCAUUGUCGUCGUCGUCCUCCUGCGCGGCCGGCGGCGUCCACACGUCGGGGCGCAUGCGCUGCGUCAUCUGCCACCGCGGCUUCAACUCGCGCAGCAACCUGCGCUCGCACAUGCGCAUCCACACGCUGGACAAGCCGUUCGUGUGCCGCUUCUGCAACCGCCGCUUCAGCCAGUCGUCCACGCUGCGCAACCACGUCCGCCUGCACACCGGCGAGCGGCCCUACAAGUGUCACGUGUGCCAGAGCGCCUACUCGCAGCUGGCGGGGCUCCGGGCGCAUCAGAAGAGCGCCCGUCACAAGCCCGCCGCCGCCCCGGCCGCCGAUGCCGGGGCGCAGGCGUCGCCGCCGCUCCCUCCCCCUCCCCCCGCCGUCGCCCAGCAAAUGGCGCCCGCGGUCCGCCACCACCACCAUCACAUUCCGAUGGUGCACCACAUUCCCGCCUUGGUCCUCUGACGAGUGAGACCACGACAAAGACGCAAUUAGGCAGAGAGCAGGCUGAGGAACGUUCCAUUUGUGUCAACGUGGGGGGGGGGGGUCCCGAGAGAACUCGCCUGGCAUGCGGCCAAAGACUUGGAGGAAAAAAAAAUAAUCAUGUGAUGGGAACAUCCGGAAACAGUCGCGAGAUCGGCCCCCGCCAGGGGUCGCCGACCUUUUUGAAACACAGCUACUUCUUUGCUACCGAUUAAUGGAAAGCGCUAACGCUUAGAGCAGGGGUGACAAACUAAUUUUUGUCGCUGGCCACAUUUUACCUACGGUUUUCCCUCGGAGGGCCGUAAUGACCGUGAAACCAGAACAAUCUUUUGACCGCCUUGUCAUAUUUUCAAAUGAAAGUUGUGAACUAGUUUUGGAAUCACACCUCCAGAGUAAUGGGUUUUUCAACUAUUGUUGUUUUGUAACACAAAAACGCUUGUAAUGUCUCAAUGUUAUCAUUUAUAUGACAUAACAAUUCGAGAUUUUGAUACGGAUUUUACAAAAAUCAUGGAAGUUGAUACAUUUGCCUUCGAGGGCCACAUAGAAUCAUGUGGCGGGCCGGAUCUGGCCCCCGGGCCUCAGGUUUGAUAUCUGGGACUUAGAUACAACACCUCUGAAAUUUGCCCAAAUUACCUUCAAUCAUCCAUCCAUUUUCUUUAUCCUCACUAUGGUCGCAGGGUGUGCUGGAGCCUAUCCCUGCUGUCAACGGGCAGGAGGCGGGGUUACACCCUGAAUUGGUCGCCAGCCAAUCGCAAGGCACAGAGAGACAAACAGUUGCACUCGCAAUCACACCUAGAGGCAAUUUAGACUGUCCUAUUAAUGUCACAUGUUGUUGGGGAUGUGGGAGGAAACCGGAGUGCCCGCAAAACCCUACGCAGGCAAGGGGAGAACAUGCAAACCCCACACAGGAAGGGCUGGGAUCGAACCCGGGUCCUCAGAACUGUGAGGCAAAUGCUUUACCAGCUAAGCCCACCGUGCCGCCCCCAAUUAUGUUAUCAUUAAUAUUCAUCUAGGUGAAGAAAAUGAUCAUAUUGAUGCACUCUCACAAUAAUCAAUGAUUUAACAAGGUCGGAAGCAGAGAAAUAUUAAGCAAAACUUUAUUCUCAUAAAUCUUGAAAGUAUUUACGGUUUGAAAAGAGCCUAGGAAAUCACAAUGUGCCAUCACUUAAGUUAUUUUUUAGAACAGGUUCGCGGGCUACGACGUGCUCUUUGGGGGCCACCUGAUGCCCACGGGCGGCAUGUUGGUGACCCCGGCGUCACAUGACUGAAACGGUCAAGAAUUCUCUCCCAUAAAACAAAAUUUCAUUUAUGUCGCACUUUUCACAGGGCGGACUCGCAAAGUGCGUCGCAUAGUUAAAAUAUUGUCAUACAUAGACUACAAAAAUAGAGAAUCGAAAUAUUUGAAAAUGCCCCCCCGAAAUAACGACCUGCCUGUCACCUGAUCAGAGCGUCCGGCCAAUCCUCUCUGGCCGACGCGUCAUGUGAGCCCUCAAGCCCAGCGUCGCAGGGACCGUCCACGCUUUUCGAAUACUUAAUAAGUCACUUUAAACUUGUACAGACAGCAAGAAAAAAAUUGUGUAAUAUUAAAAAAAUAAUAAUAAUAAAUGUAUGCUACUGCAUAUGUGAGUGUAAA